AUGCUCAGCAGCGUAAACCGCGUCCUGCGGCCUCUCCGCGGCGCAAACCUCGAAAUCCUCAAAUUCGGCAUGUACCUAAUGUUCCCCAUAGGUUGGAUGUACUAUUUCGGAACCAACCUUGAGAACCGCUUCAGCGUCGAGGGAUUCUGGCCUACGCAAGAACAGUCACACAAGAUCCCGUACGAGAAAGAGGAGAUUAAGGCGGAAGUGGAAAGGAUACAGCGGGAGAUGAGGAGGAGGAAAGAGUUGCAGACUAGGGAGGCUUUGCUCCAGGCUCGGGAUGCCUUUAGUCGAACGAGCAGUAAAGAGGAGGAACCGUUAGAAACGCAGGGACGAGUAUAA